ACUUCCAGAUUCCAACAACUAGAAAAACUCGGUGAAGGCACCUAUGCCACUGUCUACAAAGGCAGAAACCGGUCCACGGGCGCUUUUGUGGCGUUGAAGGAAAUCAACUUGGACUCGGAAGAGGGAACUCCAUCCACGGCCAUCAGAGAGAUCUCGCUUAUGAAAGAAUUGGAUCACGAAAAUAUCGUCACUUUGUACGACGUUAUCCAUACUGAAAACAAGUUGACACUUGUGUUUGAGUACAUGGAUAAAGACUUGAAGAGAUACAUGGAAGUUCACGGCAAUCAAGGAGCAUUAGAUUUAAAGAUUGUCAAGUCGUUCAUGUUCCAGUUGUUGAAGGGUAUUAUGUUCUGUCACGACAAUAGGGUGUUGCACCGUGACUUGAAACCACAGAAUUUGUUGAUUAACAAUAAGGGAGAAUUGAAGUUGGGUGAUUUCGGUUUAGCCAGAGCUUUUGGAAUCCCCUUCAACACCUUUUCGAACGAGGUAGUCACCUUAUGGUACCGUGCUCCUGACGUUUUAUUGGGUUCCAGAGCCUACACCACCUCCAUCGAUAUCUGGUCCGCAGGCUGUAUAUUCGCUGAAAUGUGUACCGGUAAGCCAUUAUUCCCUGGGACUGCAAAUGAUGACCAGUUAAUCAAGAUCUUCCGGUUGAUGGGCACUCCCAACGAGAGAACAUGGCCAGGCAUUUCUCAAUACGCUAACUACAAGAGCAAUUGGCAAAUCUUUGUUCCACAAGACUUGAGAUUGAUUGUGCCCAAUCUCGACUUAAUGGGCUUGAACUUGUUGCAGAGCUUGCUCCAGAUGAGACCAGAAGCUAGAAUCACUGCUAGACAGGCAUUGCAACACCCAUGGUUCCACGAGAUUACCAACCCUAACCCUAUAGUGCACCACUUGGGAGACCCAUACCAACAGCAACAACAGCAACAACAGCAGCCAGUCCUUGAUCAACAGUAUCAGUGA